CUCUACUCUUAACCGUACAUUUUUUUCCCCAAGGUCCCGUUUCCUAAUCGUCAUAAUCCCACCAAACCACCCCCUUCGUCAAAACUUGUCUUUCUUCCAGAAUAAUAGCAGAAUGUCUAAUAAAUAAAUAACGAAUCUAAUUGGUCGAGGAGAGAAUUAUUACUAAUGAGUGGUGAGAAAUGGCAAGAGUAGGAGUUCUGUGUGAUCUCUGCAUUCUUUUCCUUGUGGUAUUGUUACAGUGUUGGUCACAAGUUGCAGUCUCUCACUCAAAAGUUGAGUUUCUGCCUGGGUUUAACGGUCCACUUCCUUUUGAACUUGAAACUGGAUAUAUCGGUGUUGGCGAAUCAGAGGAUGUGCAGCUUUUCUACUACUUCGUUAGAUCACAAGGGAAUGCAGAAAAAGACCCUCUUUUGCUUUGGCUAACAGGUGGCCCUGGCUGCUCUGCCUUGUCUGGUUUCAUUUAUGAAAUCGGUCCUCUAUAUUUUGAGGUAGUGGAGUACAAUGGGAGCUUACCUACACUGUUCUUGAAUCCAAACUCAUGGACGAAGGUGGCUAGCAUAAUAUUUAUAGAUUCACCUGUUGGCACUGGAUUCUCUUAUCCAAGAACCCCACUUGCUUCUGUGUCAGGUGACUUCAUACAAAUUAAUCAAACAGAACAGUUUCUUAGAAAGUGGCUAAAUGACCAUCCAGAGUUCCUUUCAAAUCCUGUCUACGUUGGUGGGGAUUCGUAUUCUGGCAUUCCUCUUCCAGGCGUAGUUCAAAAAAUCUCAAUUGGAAAUGAAGAGGGCAGGAAACCUUUCAUAAAUCUAAAGGGGUACCUACUUGGGAAUGCUGGUACAGACUUCUCUUUCGAUGGGAACUCUCAGGUUCCAUUUGCUCAUGGCAUGGGACUUAUUUCUGACGAGCUCUAUGAGUCAUUGAAGCGAACCUGUGGAGGAGAAUAUACAUUUAUAAGCCCCAGCAAUGCAGAGUGUUUGAAGCAUAUGCAGGAGUUCACUAAUUGUACUUCAGGACUUGAUGGUGCACAUAUCUUGGAACCCCUUUGUGCUUUUGUUUCCCCAAAGCCAAUAGAGAUAUCAUUUCGUGAAAGAAGAUCUCUCAUUGACAGUAACUCCAGAGAGUUUGUAGAUUCUGAUCCAUUUCUUCCUACAAUUGGCUGUAGGACUUAUGGAUAUCUGCUUUCCAUAUACUGGGCCAAUGACAAUAGCGUAAGGAAAGCACUUCAUAUAAGAGAGGGAACUGUAGGGGAAUGGAUAAGAUGCAAUUAUGGGAUAAAUUAUAGAAGAGAAAUUAGCAGCACCAUUAAGCAUCAUUUAUACCUAUCAAACAAAGGUUAUCGCUCCUUAAUUUACAGUGGCGAUCAUGACAUGCUUGUAUCAUUUGUGGGAACUCAAGCAUGGAUAAGAUCUCUCAACUUCUCCAUCGUUGAUGAUUGGCGACCUUGGCACCUCGAAGGCCAAGUUGCAGGGUACACAAGGAGUUACUCUAAUAAGAUGACAUAUGCAACUAUAAAGGGUGGAGGGCACACUGCUCCUGAAUAUAAGCCCGAAGAGUGUUUUGCAAUGUUUAAGAGGUGGACAAGUCAAGAGCCACUCUAAGUCUACAACUAGCCUGAGAAAGUGCUCAUGUUACCCAUCUCCAUAUAUGAUUUGCCAAACAUAUAAUUAUUAUUAUUUUUUUUUUUUUUAAAUUCCCAUAAAAAUCCUUUUACAUUUUUGGGUGAAAAUAAUCUCGAUUAGUGAUUCGUGGUUGUCCCUCUUCGUCAAUAUUUUUUUCACCGUGAUAAACUUAUUUGUAUGUAUUUUGCCAAUAGAAGAAUUUCUCUAUUUCUAUUCA